AUGGCAACUUCCUCGCAAAGUCUCAAGUCGUUCCUUGGGAAACCAAUAGAGAUCUGCAUCGUCUCGCGCAACCAUAGACGAACGCUCGCCGCUCUCACAAAUCUCGGAAUCGGCCCCUGGCGCAUCUACACCUGCUUGCCCACCAACACCUCCGAGCAAACCUUCCGCGGCAAAUCCAGCGCCUUCACCAUGGUCCUCUGCUUCGCCGACCUGCCCGGAGGCAUGGUGUACGAGGUCAUCGAGCCCGUUUCCGGCGCGAACAUCUUUUCGGAGUUCCUGGAGGAGAGAGGUGAAGGUAUCCAUCAUGUUGCGUAUGAUUGCAACGAUAUUCCGUGGGAAGACAGGAUCAAUGGGUUCGAGGAACGCGGGUUGUCGAUGGCGCAGGGCGGGAAUUUUAGGGGAGAGAAUAGAUUUGCGUUCUUUGAGAGUGAGGAGGCUGGGACGUGUUUUGAGACGCUGUGGUUUAGGGAGGGGUAUGAGUAUCCGGAGCCGGAGGAGUGGUUUCCUGCGAGGCCGGAGAAAGGUGACGGCGAGCUGCAGGGUAGAUCUUGA